CGAACCCUACACUAUAAAAUGCCACCUCCACUUAUCCUGCCAUUCCCGCACCCCGUCUAAGCAAAAUAUCUGCUUGACAUAAACCCUAAACCCUUUUCUCAAUAUACCACUCGGCCACUAUCUUUCAGCUGCCUCCAGCAGAUUUUUUUUUUGAAUUCCUUUCUUCAGAUAUCUUCUAUGGGUAAAUCCUCCAAGAAAUCUGCUUCUAAGAUAUCUGCUCCUGCGGUCGUUGCUGCUUCUGCUCCUACCAAGCCUUUAAAGAAAGUUUUCUGUACUGUUUAUAAUGCUCAUUUAGCAAGUCUGGGUUCUUUUGGCAAGAGAGAAGCAGAAGACCUUGUUGAGAAGGAAGUGGUAAGUGCUAAGAAACAGAAAGUAGAGGGAAAGAAGAAUGUGUUGAAGCCUGAGAAGAAGGCCGUGAAGGUGGAAUCCUCAAGCGAAGAGGAUACUUCUUCAGAUUCUGAGCAAGAGACCAAGGUCAAGGUUGGUGCCAAGAAUGGGCAUGUGGAUUCAGACCCAAAGAAGCCUGCAGUUGCAGCAAAUAAUUCUCUCCUAGUAACCAACAGAAAGGCAGUAGCAAGUGAUGAUUCAGACUCUUCCUCAGAAGAAGAAUCCAGUUCAGACGAGGAAGAAUCUGUCCUUAAGAAGGCCCCAGCUCCUGCUCCUGCCAAGAAGAAGGAUGAAUCAAGUGAUGAUUCUGAUUCUUCAUCUGAGGAUGACAGUUCUGAUGAGGAUGUUGCUGCAGCAAAGAAAGCUACUCCUGCUGCAAGUCAAAAAAAAGUUGAAGUGUCUACAAAGAAGGCCCCAGCUCCUGCUCCUGCCAAGAAGCAGGUCGAAUCAAGUGAUGAUUCUGAUUCUUCAUCCGAGGAUGACAGUUCUGAUGAGGAUGUUGCUGCAGCAAAAAAAGCUUCUCCUGCUGCGAGUCAAAAGAAAGUUGAAGUGUCUACAAAGAAGAAAGAUGAGUCCAGCAGUGAGGAUUCUGACUCUUCUGAAGAUGAGACCGAUUCUGAAGAGGGUGCUGCUCCAGCCAAAAAGGCUCCUGUGCCCCCUGCAAACAAGGGCCCUGUAGCUGCUACUAAAAAGAAGAAUGACUCGAGCAGUGAUGAGAGCUCGGAUGAAGAUGUACCAUCUAAGAAUUCAGAAGCUGUCGCGAAGAAGGAUGAGUCGAGUGAGGAGUCAGAGUCAGAUGAUAGUAGCAGCUCAGAGGAGGAUGUUCCCAAAGCUGCUGCUGUCAAAAGAACCACUGCUGAACCAAAACAGGCAAAGAAGGAUGAAAGCUCUGAAGACGAGAGUUCUGAUGAGGAGCCUCAAAAGAAAAAGAUCAAGCCAUCUGGAGCUCCAAAUGCUGUUAAAUCAAGUGAGGGCGCUGCAGGAGAUGAAAGCAGCAGUGAGGAAGAAAGUUCCGAUGAUGAUGAACCUACAAAAACACAGGUGACAAAGAAGCCUGCCACAGCCUCAAAGAAGGAAAGUAGUUCAGAGGAAUCAUCUGAUGAAGAAUCUUCAGAGGAAGAAGAAAAACCUCCAAAAACUCCUAAGAAAGCUGACACUGAUGUGGAAAUGACUGAUGCAACAGCUACAAAGGCAUAUGCUGCGAAAGGGAUUGACAAAACUCCCAAGACCCCAAGCACUCCAAAAGAGCAGUCAACUGGCUCCAAAACUCUUUUUGUUGGGAAUCUAUCUUUCUCCGUUGAGCAAGCGGAUAUUGAGAAUUUCUUCAAACCUGCUGGAGAAGUUGUUGAUAUUCGCUUUGGCAUGAACGCUGACAAUUCAUUUAGAGGUUUUGGUCAUGUUGAGUUUGCUACUUCUGAACAAGCACAGAAGGCUUUGAAUGAACUGAAUGGUGAGGAGUUGUUGGAUCGUCGUGUGAGACUUGACCUUGCUAGGGAAAGGGGAGCAUACACCCCAACUAGUGGGUAUGGCUGCACUUUUCAUGUUGCUUCUUUAAUAUUUUCCUAUGGUAUUUGUUCCAAUAACAAAACGUACCUUGAUUUCUCUAGUGGCAGAGAUUCACAAUCUUUCCAGAAGGGACCAAAAGCUCAGGGUCAGACCGUAUUUGUUCGUGGAUUUGAUAGAAAUCACAGUGAAGAUCAGGUUAGGAGCUCAUUGGAAGAUCAUUUCGGUUCUUGUGGUGAAAUUACGAGAGUUUCCAUUCCCAGCGAUGCAGAGGGUUCUGUUAAAGGCAUAGCGUAUAUCGACUUCAAGGAUUCAAAUGCUUUCAACAAGGCUUUGGAACUCAAUGGAUCUGACUUUGGUGAGGGCACCACUCUCACAGUUGUGGUUGCUAAAUCUAAAAGUGACUCGAGAUCUGGCAGUGGCGGCAGAGGUGGUGACCGGGACUAUGAUGGCAGAUCUGGCGGCCGUGGCCGGGGUUUUGGUGGCAGAAAUGGCGGCCGUGGCCGCGACUUUGGUGGCAGAAGUGGCGGCCGUGGCCGCGACUUUGGUGGUCGGGGUCGAGGACAUUUCAAUAAGCCAAAUUUGGCUGCUCCUGGAACUGGAAAGAAGACAACGUUCAGCGAUGAAUAGAAAAGUGAUAGGGGUCCAGAAUCAUGCAUCCUAUCUUGGAGUGUCUUGAUUUUGGCGGCUUCUUGGGAGCACUUUGAAUUUUGUGUUUUUAGUUAUGGUUUGGUCUGUUUGGCCAAACUUUUUGAAGUGGAAGUGACUACAAUAUGUUUUUGGAUCUCUAUAUGGUUAACUUAAUAUGUUUUCAUAUUUAUGAUUUGCAUGAUUUGAAGGAUUAUUUUUCCUCCCUCUGGAUUCAGUUGGUUAUUUACUUGUGAUUUGAUGGAUGAUUUGUUUGUUUGGCCUUAUUGUGAUCUGCUGAUGACCUUUGGCGGUCAUGCUCUCCUACCCAAUACAUGG